AGUUGCUCUUGCGUUCAAGUACAACGCAGAUGGUACAACAAAAACAAAAAACAAAACACGCUAAAGUGUAUUCGUAUAACAAAAACAUUGUAGUACAACAAUGAAAUCACGAAAAAAUGCCGCGAAACUAACUCCAACUGUAAAAAACGAAUGCCAAACCGACUUUUCGUUGCCACUCGUUGUCUGCAAUAUAUGGCAACAAAUUCAAGUUCGUCACUUUAUCUAACGGUUUUACUGCACUCCAACGCACGCCAGUGGGUCUGUUUCGUUUAAUGCAAAGCGCUAGCUGGUUCUCAUAGUUGUUGGUAUUGUUGUAUCGGCGCGCCAUUCAACCGUUGUAUGUGUUGUCGUGCGCAUUGACUUUCGGUCUUUUCAACAUCACUGCUGUCGCCUCGUUUGAAUGUGGGAAAACAGUGUAUUCUUGGCGUAUAUAGUAAACAAAAAACGGCGAUAAGUGCUUAAUCGCUUCUUAAUCGAGCGCGAGUGCGUACGCAUAGGUUCGGUGGAGUUCCGUUUUAUUCCGUUGUAGCGACAAAUAUUUAUUUAGUAGCAAUUUCGCGUUCGUGUAAGUCAAGGUGGCGCACGCCGUGUGUGUUGUAUGUGUUUGUGUAUAAUUUGAGUUCAACUGCCUGCAAGUGACAGCUGACUGACUUUUUUAUAUUUACAAAAAAAUCGUGAACUUUUAGUGUGUGUCAAUAUUUGCGAAUUUAAUUUGUGUAAAUAUUUGUAUAAACACAGAUUUUUUCUUUUUGUUUGUGUUUGUUGCUGUUGCUGUGUUUUUUAUGGCACUGGCAAAAUAGCAGUACAAAAGUCAUUAUAAUAAAAUAGGUCUUUAAAAAUCAUUUUUCCCACAAUGAAUACCACUUCACCCAAGUCAUCGCUAGCCAAAUUGGGUAUACACACAACCAAGCAUAAAUCCCUGAAGGUGAUGGUGUUGGGACAAAGCGGUGUUGGAAAAUCUGCUAUGGUUGUAAGAUUCAUUACUAGACGAUUCAUUGGUGAAUAUGAUCCCAAUCUAGAGAAGGUCUACACCCACAACACCACUUUUGACAAUGAGCUCAUACAGUUUGAUAUACUGGACGCAGCUGGGCAACCCAAUAAAGAAGAUUGCGUCAGUUUGGACACAAACAUACGUUGGGCGGACGCCUUCAUACUAAUGUACUCGGUGACCGAUAAGUGUAGUUUUGAUGAAUGUAAUCGACUGAAAUUUUUAAUCAACUAUAAUAAAAGGAGACGUAAACUUGGAUCCAAUAGCAAGGAUUCGCUCUCGGAUGUGCCAGUAAUAUUGGUGGGCAACAAAACGGAUCAAACGGGCGAUCGUAUGGUGAGCAUUGAGGAGGGCCAACGACGUUUUCGUGAUCUAACAUGUGUCUGCUUCCAUGAGAUCUCUGUCCGCGAGAGUGUCGAUCAAGUUCAGGCAGUGUUUCGUGACAUAUUUCGCUUUUGGCGUGUCUUCAGCAAGUUUCCCAAACUGAAACGUUCCACCAGCGACGUACAAAAUGCUUCCGAUUCAGCGUUGAGCCCCGAUUCGGGUUGCUCCUUCUACGAUCCGUCAUCGUAUAACAGUGAAACACGUAGAUCCUUUUUCAUAAAUGCCAACACCUGCCUGGAGGAGACCGAUCACACAGAAUCCACAGAUGAGCUCGGUUCCGGUAGCCUAUGCAGCUCUCGUUGCGAAAUAGAUACACCAUUCCGCAGUAGAGCUUCCACAGAUGGCACAUUAUUGUCGCGUCCACGUCGCUGGCGUUAUCCACCACCCGGUUGUCUAGCACACACCAAUCGUGUCGAACGUCGCAUGAGCAUCUCAACUCGUGGCAGCAACGCCAGCUAUUGACUACUAAUGCAUCACUGAGUGGCGCUCGGUUUCAAUAGCAAGCAGUAGUUGCUGUGACAAGAUUUGAUUAUUUACACUAUUACAAGGCUUUGAAGGUUCAAUAUGCUAAAUGGGGGCGCGUUGCACGCUUAUUGAUAGACUAUUUGUUAUAAAAUGUAAAUUAUUUAUUACGAUUACAUUAAGAUAUAACUACAUAUGUAUGUAAUGCUGAUGUUUUAUACAUGUAUUUUUCUAUGUACUGAUUGUAUGUAUUUAUGAGAUAAGUAUUUAUUAAAGGUUUCAUAGAU